GUGCGAAAAUUCAGACUCCUCAGAUGAGUGACAACAAGUGUGAGAGUACCGUGACAGUAGACUGACAAGCGCCAGAUCUUGGAUCAGUGUUUAGACUGAAGACAACACAGAGACUAUAGAGACAGAGAAGCCACGGUGUAGCACUGACAGCUGUCAACUGUCCUGCGAUCAGCCUCAACCCACUCACGCACACCUUCAUUUGCCUCUCACAACACCACGUGGACGAGCCAGCAGAGUUCAUGUGUGACAUAUACAGCCAGGACUUUCACUGCGUGUCUCCACAAUGCAACAUGAGCUGGUCCAUGGAGCCCGCUAACUUCUACGAGUGCACCAAGGUGGCAGGGCCGCAUCACGGGCUCUGCAAGCCGGGAAACAGAGGCGAUGGGGCGGCGGACGGCGGCACCAUGGUGGAGCUCAACAACGCUCCGGCCAUGUACGACGACGAGACCGCCAUCGACUUCAGCCAGUACAUAGAGUCCAUGACAGCCGUGCCGAACCUGGAGCUGUGCAACGACGAGCUCUUCCUCGACCUGUUCAACAGCGUGAAGCAGGAGAAGCAGGAUUACUACAACAUGCAGAGCUCCGUCAUACCCGCCAGCCUCCAGCAUCAGCAGCAGCUGACAGCUGCAGCCUACACAGCGGACAGGAGGAUGGACAGAGAGCUGGACAAGGCUCCGUUCACUGCUCCCAUCAAGCAGGAGCCUGACUGGAGCGACAGCGACAUGUCCUCCUCCCUGCCCUCUCAGAUCAAGAACUGCGCCGAGACCUCCGUCAGCCUCCCAACGGGACAGCCGACUCCUCCGACCACUCCAGAGCCAGUCUCCCAGGUCAGCUCCGCCAAGUCAUCCCCGAGGAAGAUGAGCGGCAGGGAGAAGGGCAAAAAGUCGGUGGAUAGGUACAGCAUGGAGUACCGACAGAGGCGAGAGAGGAAUAACAUUGCAGUGAGGAAAAGCAGGGACAAAGCCAAGAGGCGCAACCUGGAGAUGCAGCAGAAGUUGCUUGAACUGAGUUCCGAGAACGACAAGCUCCACAAAACCAUCGAGCAGCUGACCAGAGAGCUGUCCGGCCUCAGAGAUUUCUUUAAGCAGAUGCCCAACUCCUCCUUUGCAGCUCUGUCCACGAGUGUGGAGAGCCGGUGACACACAAACACAUUUUCUGUGAACUAACUGCGCUUUUACUAGAAGACAUACCUCAGAGACUUUUUUUAACUUACCAUCUGUACCAGAUGUAUUUUAAGCUUACCAUAAUGGCACUGGAAAAUAUAUGAUGUUGCUGCCAUAUUUUUGUGGGAUUUCCUUUGUAUUAAAUUAUUUUACCACUGCAUUUAUAUGACAUGAUGAUAUAUGUGAUAUGGUACAUUUUUAUAAUUCCAAAAACUUUGUAUAAACAGAGCCAGAGCAUGAUCUUUUAUAUAGUUUGUAUGAAACCAUGAAAAUGCAUAGUUUGUUAAUGGAAUCUAUAAUAAAAAAAAUGAUUGAAAAA